AUGUCUUGCUUUCGACCGAUACCCAGAUUGGUAAGCCCGAAUUUACAGGGACAGACGAUCACUCGCAGUUCCCUUAGUACCUUUCGUAUGGGAGCUGUCUCCAGACCUCUACGAGUAAUUAGAUCCGAUACCAGGAGAGACCAUACCUCCUCCGCGUUCAUCGACGAGUGGUCAUGCAAACUAACGACUGGCGCUCCGAAAGUCAAUUACGAUACGGUCGAUAUCGACCGGAUAAGUCAACUGCGCAGGAUCUUACCCACAAGACAACAACAAUCUAGGCUGUAUUUGGAAGAUCUAAAGGAAGAUGAAGAUUUGGAUCCGUCCUUUCAUCUGGUUUUGUUUAGACCUAAACCCAUAUUGAGAGAUUUGGGUUUGGAUGGGACUAGUACGGAAUACAAUGCUCCACUACCCUAUACUCGACGGAUGUGGGCGGGAGGCUCGAUCGAAUGGUCCGCUCUCAACCGUUCAUUGAAAGUUGGGGAAAAGGUCACUCAGAUUGUGAAUGUACCGAAAGUGGAAUUCAAGAAGGAUAUGGUUUUUGUGAAUCAGCAAUUACGGAUUUAUCCUGGUACAUUCAGCGAUCAGGAGGAUUACGAUGAAGAUGGAUGGUCAAUAAGGGAGAUACGUACACAUGUGUUUAGGAAGGAACCUACUACUACCACUCCCGCACCCGUCAGACCAGCACCAACACCAUCUGAAGGUAGUGGUAACAUACUAAAUCGAGACAACUCAGAUGUGACAUUCACUUAUACCCCUUCAUCCCCAUUGUUGUUCUUCUAUUCCGCACUCACGUAUAACCCCCAUAAAGUGCAUUACGAUCAUCCAUGGACGAUCAACCAGGAAGGUCACCCGAAACCAUUGGUUCAUGGGCCGCUGACAGCUACGUUGUUAGUAGAGCUAGCCAAUUUGAACAAACCCAGUGGGAAAAGGUUGAAGAUGUUCAAAUAUAGAGCAACGAGUCCUAUGAUCAUUGAUGAUGAGAUCGAGCUCAUAGGUAAUAACACGGAGAAUGGAGAAGGAAUGGAAUUGGUGGCUGUUCAGAAUGGUAAAAUCGGGAUGAAAGCUGCCAUGGAGUAUCAAUGA